UCCCGGUACCCUGCUCGCCUCCGUAACCCAAGCGCCCCCGGAAGGCCCUGCGCGCGCCGCCCCCGGAAGCCCUGCGCGCCGCCCGCCGCCGCCUGGAGAGCGCGCCGCCCGCCGCCGCCGGAAGCCGGAGGUUGGAGGGGGUCGCGCCGCCCGCCGCCGCAGGGGUCGCAGGGCGCCGCGAUGCCUGCGUCCGCUGGGCGCGCAGGGGCCGCGCGGCCGCGGAGGCCCGCGCUCGCCGGGGGCGCGCAGGGGCCACACGCGCGCGGGAAGCUCUGUCCGCCGACCGCACGCAGGGGCUUGGCGCUCGCAGGGAUCGCGCCGAGCCCUGACCGCAUCGAGCUCUCAGCGCAAGGGAUCCAGCGGCAUCUUCAGCAGCUCGCCAUUCAGGUCGUCCUCCAGUUUGACAAGGGUGGUAAUUUUACUGGCCAGCGAACUCCGGGAUCCCUUGAGUGUGUGCAGCAAGUUGAGCAGCAGACUGCAUUGUUGUUCAUCUGUAGGAUGGACGAUAAUAGUCGCUUUAAUCUAGAAAUUCGGAUUGUUGCUCACAAUUACCGUGAUAGUUGCUACAUCUUGGACAAAGUGGUGGAUGCUGACUUGACCAACUUCAAAGAUUUGGUUGAUGAAAUUGUUGACAAGUAUCCUCUAAGUUUCGGUGACUUAGUGAAAGUAUUUUACUUAUGCAUGGAUACAAAAGCUAACAUUCAAGUCUGCUCUGAUCAAGAUUUGGUUGAAAUGUUUUCAAAACAUAAGACUUCAAAGUGCUGCUAUUUGACUUUCUGUUACCAUAGCCCUGCUACUGAGCCUCAUGAGAUUCCUCUAUGGGAUGUUAGUAGUACUGGUCAGUCAAUUGAAGCUCCAUUCACCCCUUCAGUUUCAUGUCCUAGUAUAGCUGAACCCAGUCUUGAAACUCAUACUCAAUAUGCUGAAAUAGAAAAAAUGCCGAACCCAACCCCAGGCAAUGAGCAUGUGGGUAUUGAUGACGAGGGAUUGUAUAUUGACCUUGGUGUCCAACAUCCUAAACCUGCAAAUCGUGAAGCAUCCCCAUCAGACACAUGCUAUGAUUCAGAUGGCGUUGAUGAAUCUACCUCGGAUGAGAAAUAUGAAAUAGAGGACAUAGAUGAGGUUGUCAAAGAUAGAGAGCCCGCACAGAAGCCUGAAUUGAAUUAUGACAAGAAUGCAGACACCAAGGAAGAAACGAGCCGUCAUGAAGAAGCUUACACCAAUGAGGGCUGCAGUUCAAACAGAAAUUCCAUCCAGCCCUGCUUCAAAUACUAGAAGCAAAAAGAAACUCCUGCUUGAAUAAAAUGUCAUUUCUGAGUGUUAUUUUGAGAGUAGUUUUUGCUAUGUGAUGAAGCAUCAUUUUAUUUUGGCAUGUAUGGUCUGGAGGAGCUACUUCUUUUGCUUUGAUGCUUCAUGCCAUGAUCAUGUAAUUUAAGGCACUUGUGGUUUGGAUGCCAAAUACUUAUGUGAUGAAAACUAGUCAAUUUAUUAGCUUAAAUGUUGCUGAAAUGAACAAGUACUUGUUCCUGUUAUUUGUUGUUUUUAUUACUGAAUGAAAAAUGGUGUGGUCA